AUGUCGUUUUACGCAGACCAAACGUACUCUACCUUUGAAGGCUAUCCUUCAAUAUAUCAUCCCGUCGAUGAAACAACGGGAAAGGCUCUCAUUUCCUCAAAUAUUGAUUUUUGUGAGGCUAAUUUUCAGUAUUCAUCCUUUAUUGCUGAACCUGUAAAUACCAUUUCGUCCUAUGUGUACCUAUUGAUUGCUAUUGCUCAUUUAUAUUUUAUAUACAAGUUUGAAAGAACGUUGAAUAAGGCUGGAAGAACAUUUUGGAGAUUUUACAUUGGUUCUGUGUUUUGCAUCUUUCUGGGCUUUGGAAGCUCCUUUUUGCAUGCCACUCUUACCAGAAUUGGUCAAUAUACAGAUGAAAUACCAAUGGUUAUGUGUGUGAAUCAGGGAAUUUACAAUUAUCUGUUUAAGGAAAAGAAGAAUAGUGACAGGAAAUGGUAUCACAAUAUUGUAGUUUUUGUUUUGGUCACCUUUACCAUUGGUCACUCGUUGGCAACGAUUUGGUUUCCAAAAAGCUAUUCAGUAUUUGUGUUUGUUUUUGCUGCCCUUUUAAAUUUAUCCACUGCCUUUGAGGCUAUUCAAAUUUAUAGAGGAAAUAAUUUGGCUGAUUGGCUUUGUGAAUAUUUGCCUCAAUCUCAACAUGCUGAGGUUGAAGGAUUGGUUUCCAAGAUUAGAAGAAUUUAUUUCAUUUAUUUCAGCUUUUUCUUGGUAGCAUUUAUUUUGUGGGCUAUUGAGUUUGCUUGUUGUCCCUAUGUUUACUUUUUGCACCUACACGCGUAUUGGCAUAUAUUAACUGCAAUCGCAGCUAACGCAAAAAGCACUCUGUGGCUCUAUUUGACCAUGCUAGGACAUGGGUUUACAGAUGUUAAAUUAACCUAUUUUGAUCGAUUCAGAAUUGUUGCCAAGAUUGAAUUAGAUGAAAAGAAUAAGAGAAACUAA